GGAGGCCCGGACGGACUUAAGAGCCACCCUUGGGAAACUGUUACAACAGCUAAAAUGCAGAAAUACCCAAACCCUAUGAACCCAAGUGUGGUUGGAGUUGAUGUAUUGGACAGACAUAUCGAUCCCUCUGGAAAGUUGCAUAGCCAUAGACUUCUUAGCACAGAGUGGGGACUGCUUUCCAUUGUGAAAUCUAUUAUCGGUGCAGCAAGAUCCAAAACAUAUGUGCAAGAACAUUCUGUAGUUGAUCCAGUAGAGAAAACAAUGGAACUUCAAUCUACUAAUAUUUCAUUUACAAAUAUGGUUUCAGUAGAUGAGAGACUUACCUACAAACCAUAUCCUCAGGACACAGAAAAAACUGUUUUGACUCAGGAAGCUAUCAUCACUGUAAAAGGAGUUAGUCUUAGUAGCUACCUGGAAGGGCUGAUGGCAAGUACAAUAUCGUCAAAUGCUAAUGAAGGCUGAGAAGCACUCAAAUGGGUAAUACAUAAAUUAAAUGCUGAGACUGAAGAAUUGACAGCCUCAGCAAGAGGAAGCAUCUGGACACCAACGGCAGCCGCAGCCUUUGUA